UGUGGAACGGUGUGGUUUUUGUUCCUGGAUUUAAACCGUUAGAAAGCGCGGCUCGCAGCAGUGCCUUAUUAUUAUCAUCAUUAAUAGCAUUGUUGGACCAGGGAGACCCGAGUUCAAAUCCCCCUUCAGCCAUGAGACUGGCUGGGUGACUCUGGGCCAGUCACGUCUCUCUCAGCCUGGCCUACUUCACAGGGUUGUUGUGAGGAGAAACCUAAGUAUGUAGUACACCACUCUGGGCUCCUUGGAGGAAGAGCAGGAUAUAAAAUAGUGAGCAAUUGUACAAAAACAGUAAAGAGGCCUUCUGCAUCUUAAAAGACUAACAGAUUUCUUGUGGCAAAAUUAUUUAUGGACUACAGCCCACUUUCUCCAAUGCACAAAGUGUUAUCCUCAGUUAACAGGGAACUGGUUUCCUCUUCGCCUGGGAGGGAGGGAAGACCGGCCGCCGGAAGUGACGCGUGGAUUUGUUGACAGCGGCUGCUGCUGUUGCUUCUGAUGCUGGUGCCGGAGACGGAGGGCAGGGGGAGCGGACCCCGGUGGGAACUUGGGACUCUUCCCUCCGGAACCAACCGCAGCCCGGACACCACCUCGCUCAGGGAGCCGGGCAGCCAGGUGAGUGAGCGCUGCCUUGAUAUUGCUGUAAGUCCAAUCAGGAGCUUCCGUAGAUCAAAAGGAAAGAAUUCCAGAAAAGAAGCAGCAGCAGCAGCAGCUCUUGUCGGCCUCGCAUUCCCCCUCUCCCUCAUUCCCCCCCUUUUCCCCAUUCACCGCUGCAAGAUGGCUGCCGACAGCCCCGAGUCCCUGAUGACCCUCUGUACAGAUUAUUGUCUUCACAACCUGGAGUGGACCCUCUGCUACCUGCUAGAAAACAAAGCACUCCAUCUCCAUCCAGACAUUUUCCUGCCAAGUGAGAUCUGUGACAGACUCGUCAAUGAAUAUAUGGAGCUGGUGAACUCGGGGAGCAUCCCUGAACACAGUGAGAGCUUCUUCAACCUGUUCUCAGACCCUCGGAGCACCAGGCUAGCGCGAAUCCAUCUGCAGGAGAUCAUCGUGCAGGACCAGGACCUGGAAGCGAUUCGAAAGCAGGACCUUGUUGAGCUUUUCCUGACAAACUGCGACCGGCUGACGGCCAAGAGCCUCCAGACGCUGGCGAGCUUCAGCCCCACCCUGGUCUCCCUGAGCCUCUUCGGCUGCACCAACAUUUUCUACAAGGAGGAGAACCCGGGGGGCUGUGAGGACGGCUUCAACCCAACCCGGCAGGUCUUGGUCAAGGACUUCACCUUUGAAGGCUUCCGCCGGCUGCGCUUCCUCAACCUGGGGCGGCUGACCGAGGGGGUGGACGUGGAGACCCUGCUGCGGCCCCUGGCCUGCCUCACGGCCCUCGACCUCUCCGGCAUCCAGCUCAACGACAUCCAUUUCCUGACCCAGUGGAAGGACAGUUUGGCCUCCUUGGUGCUGUACAACAUGGACCUCUGCGAGGAGCACAUCCAGGCCAUCGCCCAGCUCCGCAAGCUCAGGCACUUGGACAUUUCCCGAGACCGCCUGUCCAGUUAUUACAAAUUCAAGCUGACCCGCAGGGUUCUGAACCUCUUUGUGGAGAAUCUUGUGAACCUCACAUCGCUGGACAUCUCGGGCCACACCAUGCUUGAAAACUGCACUGCCUCCAGCAUGGAGGAGAAAGUGGGCCAGACGAGCACCAAUCCGGAAAAGAGCAGCAUCACCCCCUUCAGGAGUCUGAAGCGGCCACUCCAGUUCCUGGGCCUCUUUGAGACCUCCCUCUGCAGCCUCCCGAAUAUCCCAGCCUACAAGGUGACUGGGGAUAAGAAUGAAGAACAGGUACUCAACGCCAUUGAAGCAUACACGGAACACCGGCCUGAAAUCACAUCCCGGGCCAUCAACCUCCUCUUUGACAUUGCCCGUAUUGAGCACUGCAACCAACUGCUAAGAGCCCUCAAGCUGGUGAUUGCUGCUCUCAAGUGCCACAAAUAUGACAAGAACAUCCAGGUGACGGGCAGUGCCGCGUUCUUCUACCUCACCAACUCGGAGUACCGGAAGGAGCAGAGCAUCAAGCUCCGGCGGCAGGUCAUCCAGGUGGUCCUCAAAGGGAUGGAGCCCUACCAGGAAGUAACUGUGCAACGAAACUGCUGCCUGACCCUGUGCAACUUCAGCAUCCCAGAGGAGUUGGAAUUCCAAUACCAGCGGGUCAACGAGCUGCUCCUAAACAUCCUCAACUCCACGCGGCAGGAUGAGUCGCUCCAGCGCAUUGCUGUGCACCUCUGCAAUGCCUUGGUCUGCCAGGUGGACAACGACCACAAAGAGGCCGUGGGCAAGAUGGGGUUUGUCAUGACGAUGCUGAAGCUGAUUCAGAAGAAGUUGGUGGACAAAACAUGUGACCAGGUGAUGGAGUUCUCCUGGAGCGCCUUGUGGAACAUCACGGACGAGACCCCUGACAACUGCGAGAUGUUCCUCAAUUACAGUGGCAUGAAACUUUUCCUGGAAUGCUUGAAGGAAUUCCCGGACAAGCAGGAGCUGCAUCGUAAUAUGCUGGGCCUCCUGGGAAAUGUGGCCGAGGUUCAGGAGCUCCGCCCACAACUUAUGACAUCCCAGUUCAUCAGCGUGUUCAGCAACCUGUUGGACAGCGAAGCGGAUGGGAUUGAGGUGUCAUAUAAUGCCUGCGGAGUCCUCUCCCACAUCAUGUUUGAUGGACCGGAGGCCUGGGUGAUCUGUGAGCCUCGCAGAGAGGAAGUUGUUGACAAGAUGUGGGCAGCCAUUCAACGCUGGGAUGUGAAUUCCAGAAGAAACAUCAAUUACAGGUCCUUUGAGCCAAUCCUCCGACUAAUUCCUCAAGGGAUUGCUCCAGUCAGCCAGCACUGGGCGACCUGGGCGCUCUACAACCUUGUUUCUGUCUACCCGGACAAAUACUGCCCCCUGCUGAUCAAAGAAGGCGGACUUCUCCUUCUAAGAGACAUGAUUAAGAUGGCCACAGCGCGACCAGAAACCAAGGAAAUGGGACGGAAAGUCAUAGAACAUUGCAAUAACUUUAUGGACGAGAACAUGGACACAUCGAGAUAGAAGCGGCCGUGGCCUCCCCUUCCUGCCGGCACCGUGCCCAGCAUCUCUCAAAUUCACUGUACAUAGGUUGGACUUUCUCACCAGCUUACCUGUUGGAAGGAGCCUUUAUGAAUAUAUGUGUGUGUGUAGGUACGUGUGCGGGCAGGCGGGUGUGUGUUUGUUUGUAAGUGUAAAAACCCUCAGCAAACAGAGAUGUACGUGAGCAAAGGUUAGCUUGGGGGACUAUUUUGCACAACAAAAUGCUUUCCUUUGAAUAGUGGAUUCCCCCAACCCCCUCCUUAAAAAAACCACCUUUUUGUUUAAAAAGUACAGACUGGAGUUUGUGUGUGCGUGCGCAUGUGUGUAUGUGUAUGAUUGCUGUAUACAGAAAAAGCAACGGUGACAUCAUGGACCUGUCUACCUUCUGUCAAGCACAUUAGAGGCCUCAGUGGACAUGAGCAUGGAGAUCUAACUGGAGGAUAUCAUGAGGUUUUUUGCUGUUUCUGUUCUAACAACUUAACUUCUAGAAGCUUGCUCUCCCAUUUGUGUUGCGUGAGAUCUUGUGAUGCCCAUGAAGGAGCAGGCGCUCCUUUGUCACUGUUGGGUCCCUUGUGAAGGUUUUGCAGCGUGCGUGAAGUUCCAAGAACACCAGUGAUGUCAGGACCAGCAAUAGGGCUCAGAUGCUUUAUUCCCUGUACCUCUAGGAACAGCUCUCGGCAGAGAGAGUUCUUGACCUCACUUUUGCUGUGCCACAGCGCCACCUGAAUAAUGGCCAGAGAGGGUACUGCACCUCCUCUUCCCAGCCAAGCCAGAUGGUCUGGGGAGACAGUAGGCCGGAGCUUUUCCAAAUGGCGAUUUAAUGCAGCUUCACUUCACGUAGGGUCCAUUUAGAGCAGGCAUCCCCAAACUGAGGCCCUCCAGAUGUUGCUGAACUACACCUCCCAGCAUCCCUAGACACAAUUUUUUGUGGCUGGGUAUGCUGGAAGUUGUCGUUCAGCAACAUCUGGAGGGCCGCAGUUUGGGGAUGCCUGAUUUAGAGCAAUGUCAGGACGGCGACAGAAGGUGCCGUCCAUAUGGCCAACAGCAUGAUUCAGCUUUUCGCCUGACGCUUCACAGUAACUGCACAUUAUAUGCGUCCCCAGAAUGUAGUACUCUGGUGCAGUGCUCAGAACAGCUUAACUUUAGGCACUUCCUGCCCCAGUAAAGCCGCCUGUCUGGAAAAGCUCCUGGCCUAAUGGGCUUCAGGUCUGGCCCCUCAGCAACUUGGCAGUGCAAACCACAAGGCAGAUGCCCAGUUCCUUGCCCUGCCCCUCCUGCCCUCUCAUCUGGACUUAACCUUUGACCUGCCUCAGACCAGAGGGCUGCCUCUGGCCCUUUGGUUCUUGAUCUGCCUUCUAGACCAUCUGUUUGACUGUAACUAUGUGCCCUCUGGCCACGGCUCCAGAUCUUGACCUUUGCCUGGCCUGAUUCCACUCCUGCCAUCUUGGCUUGGUGUUUUGGACCUCAGCUCCAGCUCGACUCGGAUUACGCUCCAUGCCCCUGGCCCUUCCAGCUUCCUCCCCUUGUACCCGGGAGGAAGGCAGUCUAGGCUAGGCCUGACUGAAACGUCUGGGCAGAGUCAACGUUUUAUAGGACCAGAUAGAACUCUCUUGGUCCCUUUGUGUCACUUGCCCUGCUGAGCUGGCAGCUGUAAUACCACCCUCUGGCCAUUUACUGUGGCGGCACUAAAGAGCAGCCAAGCGCUAGCUCUCUCCUCUGGCAAGCUACCACAGGGGUGGCUACAAAGCCUAAGGGUUUUGCUGCCACAGCCCCUGGUUCGGCGCACCCUAGGACCUUACAGGUGAGAAGUUUUAGAUGAUUUUUUUUUAAGUUGGUGGUGUUAUCUGUCAUUAUAGCACUAAGGGAAAGAAAGAAAGAAAGGGCCUAAAUUGUAAAUUUAACCUAAAUUUAGUUGUCCUGAAUUCACACACAUUGUGUCCAGCGCAUAAAUUUCUGGGAGCCAAUACCCUAAAGCAGGAUAGGCAACAUGUGGCGGCUGAACCACAACUCCCAUGAUCCCCAGCUGUAGUAAAUUGUGGCUGGGUGUCGUGGGAGUUGUUGUUGCUCAGCAACGUCAGGAGAGCCACACGUUGCUCACCUCUGCCCUAAAGCAAACUGGAUUUCCGUUUGCACAACCUCCUUAGCAUUCAAGGCUUCAGAAAUUUGGGCGUACUGAGAGCUUCAAAGUUUUAAUUCUUUUUUUUAAUCCUUCCAGAAAAGGGUUCUUGUACAUAUUGUGAGAGUUUGUGGGUAUCGCUUUAUAAGCCAGUUCCUAAAGUCCCGUCACACUCUAGUGUCACCCUGGUGUGACCAAGGGAAAGAACCUAGAACAGAGCAGGGGGCUACGUAGAUUAAGGGGUGGGCUAUGCAAAUGAAGGGUGGGAUUAUGCAGAUAGGGGCAAGGGAACCUGUGAUGCUCAGGAAACGGGGGUCACCAAAGAUGGGGGGUUAAGCCCCAUAUUAACUAUGUCCCCGAGUACAGAUUUGACUUCUGUGGGGAAUAAAAGCCACCAUUCACUCAUGUAGACGAAAGUAAAGCAGUCGCUGGGGGAUAAACCUGUCCCAUCUUGCACUUUCGGUGAUUUGGCCUCUACUGAGCAAGACCACGUCUGGGGUGGGGAGAACAAUUGUGUCUCCCUGCUCUCUCAGAGCCAUAUUGCACCCCUCGGGACCCCCUGUGGUACGCAGGCUUCCUUUACGUCACCUGUUGGGACGCUGGCCACUUGGCAAGUGUGCAAGCCAGAGAUGAAUGCCUUGAGGCUGGAAACCAUGCAUGCAUCUCAGGAGUUUCAAGAAAGAACAGAAAUCAAGGCAAAGGUGGAAAAAUAAAACUACAAAAAUGAGGGGUGCAGAGAAAGAUUUCUGUUUAAAUCUCCACCAUUUUAGCUGCCAGCCUAGGUCUGGCGAAGCUUGAGGGUAAUACCACGGUACAUAGCAACCCAAGAUAGGGAGCCCCCAGGAAUUUUGGGUUGGGAAGAAGGACAGUGGAAUGUAAUGGGGAUGUUGGCAGCGUUCCUUGGACAAAGGAUGUAAUCAUUGUUGGUCAGAUUCAUUAUAUAAAAAUUUGUUCAUCAACUGAAAGGACACCCUUGUUAAUCAGGAAGCAGAUUAAGAGAGGUGUUAUUAUUUUAAUAUAGUAAUUUACAAAAAUUGGGCAUCUUGGGAGAGGCAUUCUCGCUUCUUUCCUGUGCAGAGGAAUGCUUCUACUGGGGGGGGGGGACAUGUUAUUUAAACAUGUUGUUUAAACAUGUUAAUACUAUUUUAUCCAUAUGCAAAUGAAGCAGAUUUAAUCAGCGAACUAAAUUCUGAUUGAUCAACCAAGAUGCCUUUAAUUGGAUCUUGGCCCUAAAUCAUUGGAUGCAAAGUGAUGUUCCUCUCAGCCAUGUGAAGGUCGUGAGAGGUGAUUUUUAUUUUUUUAUUUUUUGGUCAUGGAUCUUGGAAUGGAAAUCUUAAUUCUUCUUAAUCCUGUGAUGAAUUCCAAAAGAGGUUCCCACCUUAGCUGGAGGCUGCAGGUAGCUUCCAGGGUGACUGGCCCCAAGGGGCUCAAAGAAUGAACACAGCAGGAGCCAGUCAUAAGCUUUUUGCUUCUGACAAAGUAGGCUGUUGUCAAGGAGGACAGGUCUAUCCAUGGCUACUAGUCUGGUGGCUAUAGGCCAGCUUCAGAGGCAGGAUGCCUCUAAAUACCAGUUGCAGGGGAGCAACAGCAGGAGAGAGGGCAUGCCCUCAGCUCUUGCCUGUGGGCUUCCCAGAGGCAUCUGGAGGGUCACUGUGUGAAACAGGAUGCUGGACUAGGUAGUCCUUGGGCCUGAUCCAGCAGGGCUGUUCUUAUGUUCUGAAUGAGAGCUGAUGGCCCCGAUCCAGGCACAGUUUAGCCACAGUUACCUCAAGGAGGCUUGAGUCAUAGUUACCAGCUUGUCCCGUUGAGAUCCCAGUGGGUCUUAUUUUCCCCAGAUUGGGGACCAUGUCCCCAGUUAAGUCUCCACAGGGCCACAAGGCAUUUUUUAACAUAAUAGUAAGCAGAUACGUAUAAAAAUCACUAAUCUUUGCCACCACAUCUUCCUGUUGUUACGGGCGGCCAUAUGGUUCCUCGCCGCCUCCAGAUCUCUCCGCCUCUAUUUAAAUACCCUUGUUCCAUAUUUUGAGAAACAGCACAGUUUAGGAUUUCCCUCUUGGGAGUCCAUAGGGCUUAAGGCCAAGGAGAUCCUGGCUCCAACAUUCCCGCAGUGACUUGACCAGUGGAAGGCAAAAGGAAGUUGCCUUACACCAAGUGGAGCCCAUGGCUUUAGCUAGGCAUUGUCCUCUGUGGCUCAGGAUCCGAAGCACAGGCGCUUUCUUCUGAGGUCUUUUGGAACUGGAGAGGCCGGAAAUGGAAUCUAUGGCUUCCCACUUGCCUCCAGUUUGGGUCCCCUGCAGUUGAUUUCCUAAGGGAUGUAUGAUGCUGAGAUCAUCGCAGACCUUUUCGAAAUCAAACGACCAAAUCAAUGGCAAGGCUGGAGCGGGUGAAGAGCCAGCAAGGAAGUUGGAAGAGAGGUCUGAGUGUUUGUGCUGUUAUGCACUGAGCUCCAGCAUGAUUUGCUUCUAGGUCUGAAGCUUCUUGAAUGUACCGGGCGGAUGUGAUUUUAAAGGAUGGUUCGGGGGUGCAUGAAAUCCCAAAUUCAUUUGGACAGGGCAUUUUAUUAUUCAUUCCCUUCCCCCACUCCAUUUCCCAAAUAGUGUCACCUGGGGGUCCUGAGUCUGAUGUUGUUUGACUACAAAUCCCAUCAUCCACAGCUUUCUGUCAUUUGGCUAUGGACGAUGGGAGUUGUAGUCCCGGUGCUAUCUGGUGACCCAAGCCUGGAAACCCUCAGUGCAACCCACCAGUGGAUCAUGAUGGAAUGUGCUUGGAUCUUAAAGAGAUGAGUCUUCCCAUUGUCUUUUCUCCUAACCUUCAGAUAUGUCUUCCAUGUCAUUUUGUGUGCAUGUAAUUUGGCAGAUUUGACAAAGGUCAUGGUUGAGGUUCUUUGCUUCCAGCCUCUUUCUCUCCACCACUAGUCCUCGAUCACCCCCUGCAGCAGUAUUCCCUCUAACUGAGAUGCCCAGAUGUUGUUGACCACAACUCUCAUAAUCCCCAGCCAAAGGCCAUUGCAGCUAAGGAUUCUGGGAGUUGUAGUCACCAACAUCUUGGAAUCCCCCCCCCCCGUUUCUGCUUCUGAACUGUUAGGAUGCCAAAUGGUUCUGUGUGGGUGGACCGUGAAUGGUGAAAUGGCAUCCACAUGUUGCAAAUGUCUUUCUCCUGUAAAUCUUGACAUUGGUGUAUAUCAGGGCUGCACAACUUUGGCCCGACCUCUGUGGUUGGACUACAGAUCCCAUCCAUCCCCGAUGAUUGGCCUCUGUGGCUAGGGAAGAUGGGAGUUGUAGUCCAACAAGUUGGUGGAACAUGGGUGGAAGCCAGUGUAGACACCUGAGCUUCAAAGUUGGUGGCAAAACAGCUGUGAUCUUCUAUGGCAGGGGUUUGUAAUCUGGGUUCCACCAGAUGCUGCUGAACUACAACUCCCAGCAUCCCCAGCUACCAUUUAUUAUGGCUGGAGGUGCUGGGAGUUGUAGUUCAGCACAUCUGGAGGAGCCCAGGUUGGGAACCACUGAUCUAUGGGGUAUAAAUAGGGGAGGUGGUGUUGGCACCCUUUCCCUGUGGGGCACAACCCACCAGAAAGUUCUGCAUACGUUUGAUUAAUACGUACAUUCAUUUCUGAGGCACCUGGGCAGGAGAACUUGGGAUCAGACCUGUCCCUCUGCCCAAGAUUUGCCAAUAGAGGCUCCUGACCUUCCAGCCCACCUUCCCUCCGUGUCAGUCACUCACUUCCGAAAGGAAGUGCAUCUCCGCUAGGAAUUGAAUAUGGUACCAAACAAUGGAGCUGGCUGUCCUCCAAGAAUCCUGGGAAUGGCAGUUUUAAGAGCGUAGUUAGGUCAUUGCUUGCUCCUUCAGAGGACUGCCUUUCCCAGAAUCCUUUGGUUGGGAAUCAUGGCAGUUGAGUCCAUUUGAACUGACUUCAAUUUGUAAACUAGGCCUUAAAUGUGGGCAAAACUGGGAGGGGGGGAAUUGCUACUGCUGUUCUUGUUUGAAGCUGCCAAUACGAACGCAGAACUUUCCUGUUUCUGCUCCCAUACUGACCGCCAUGUUGGCAGGCUUGGAUGACGCUUUAGCUCCCGUCUUCCGCUGCAGCCGAUCCCGCCUUGACUUGGAAGGCAGCUGACAGCCAUGUCCUUUCUGAAAGGAACCCUCCAGCUCCAUUACCCAUUGGGUCUGGAUUCCAGAUCACUACUGUCAACACGGGAGAGCCUCUCUUGAUUUCCCAAGUUCCUCUCACUCCAAAGAAACAAAAAUACAGGAGUGCAAGACCAGGAGGUUUGGCUCAAAGGGGAUCAAACGUGUGUCGCUUUCGGAUCAAAAAUAAUAACCUGCUGAGUCUGUGUUGCUAGGUUUUUUGGCUUUCUCUACGAGUCCAUGCACUGUGAAGGGCAAUCUGGUUUACAUGCUCACACUGGAGAGGAGGGGGAGACGGGGUACCCCGUCGCUUCCUAGCAAUCCACUGUUGCAUAGUACCCCUCAGCAUACACUCUCCACUCUGAAUCUGCCGUGUUAAGAGCCUCUUUAUUGGUCCUGGUGUCUAUGAUGGGAGCUGUGGGUUGUUGUUUUUUAAUUUUGGACAACUACUGACUAUUCCGUUUGCUGUCAUGUGUUCUAAUUAAACAAGGAAGAUUAUUCUGCUCUGUCUGAUA